AUUAGCCCCGAGAAGGCGGAGACCACCGUGAGCCCCGAAGAAAUCCAGACGGAGCUGGAUGAAGAGAUGGAGAAUGACAUUUGCAAAGUGUGGGACAUGUCGAUGGAUGAGGAUGUCGCUUUAUUUCUUCAGGAAUUCAAUGCUCCUGAUAUAUUCAUGGGAGUUUUUGCCAAGUCAAAAUGCCCUCGCCUUACUGAAAUCUGUGUGGGAAUAUUAGGAAACAUGGCCUGUUUCCAAGACAUAUGCAUGUCCAUUAGUAAAGAUGAGAAUCUUGGCCAAGUGUUACUGCAACGUUUGUGUGAUUCAGACUCCCCAACUCUUCUGGAAACAAGCAGGUUGUUGUUAACUUGCCUCUCCCAGCCUGAGGUGGCCAAUGUCUGGGUUGAAAGAAUCCGAGAAAACCCUUCUGUGUAUGACUGUGUUUGCUUUAUCAUGUCCAGCUCUACAAAUGUUGAGUUGCUGGUAAAAGUGGGUGAAGUGGUCGACAAACUCUUUGAUCUAGACGAAGAGCUAAUGUUAAACUGGAUUAAAAAUGGCACUUGUCGAUCUGUGGGACCAUCUGUAGAUGAUUCCCCUGAAGAACUUCCGGAUUUUAAGAUUGUGCCUUGUAUACUUGAAGCAGCCAAGCAAGUCCGAUCAGAUAAUCCGGAAGGACUUGAUGUUUAUAUGCAUAUUUUGCAGCUUCUGACCACGGUGGAUGUGGGUAUUCAGGCUAUUGUGCAGGCUCCUGAUGGAGGAAAGGAGACUUGGAGUUUGCUUUAUGACCUCGUUUGCCAUGAACUUUGCCAGCCAGAUGAUCCACCGAUCAUUGUGCAGGAGCAGAAGACUGUAUUGGCCUCUAUUUUAUCCGUGCUGUCUGCUAUGUUUGCUUCACAGACAGAACAAGAAUACACCAAGAUGAGGAAAAAUAUGCCUCUGAUUGGGAGCUUGAUUCGUAUCUUACAAUACAUGGAGGGCUGUGGGAAGAGAUCUGUUGGUAACUCAAAGGAGUCUGAACAAGAAGAGACUGGAAGGGCUGAUAUAAACGAGGAAGAUUUCCAUUUAAAAAUUUUGAAGGAUAUUUGCUGUGAAUUACUUUCCAAUAUGCUUCAAGAACUGACCAAGGAAAAUACAUUAGAAGGACUACACCAGGGACAUUUAAAUGAACAGACAUGUUCCUGUGCAUUUCAGAACCUCUUACCUCUGUAUUUCACAUCGGUGGAGAGUUUCCUUGAAGUUCUGCGUGAGGCUGAUCAGACACUUGCUGACAAUCUAGAGAAACGUUUCCCAAGCCUGAAGGUUCAUGCCUAAGAAUGUACAUGAAAUAUUUUCCUUCUUUGGAAUGAAGAUUUUUGACUGUUUCAUUACAGUGUUUCAGAAAUCAAGUUUUCAGUAAAUGCAGGAGAAUGAGGCAAUCUCCUUACCAACACAUGGCUUUUAAGAAAUAUUCCAGGUAGCCCUGAUUAACCUAGCGUUAAUCUGGUGUGCAUGGGGAAGGAAAUUACUGUAAAUUCAGUUCUGCAUCUUCCAUCCUGUUUGCUUUGGUAAUGAGAGACUGUUGAUUUCUAAUUGCUCUUCUGCAGUGUAGUUUUCUGUGAAUAACUCUUG